AUGGUGUCCCUAAGCAACUUCAACCCCGACAGGGUCCCAUCGGCAAAACUGGCCGUCCACGGCCUCCAGAUUCUCCUCGUCUUCGUCGCCUGGUGUCUCGAAAUUGCUGUCUUCCGCGACAAAGAUGCUAACAUUAACGGCCAAAAUGGAUGGGUCUUCGGUGUAUGCUUCCUCAGCAUCCCUGCCUGGGUAUUCCUCCUCAUGACCCCCCGAUGGGAACGAACCCGCCACCUCGCCGAUCCCCGAGCCAUGCUCAUGAUCGACGUCCUCUUCACCAUCAUCUGGCUCUCCGCUUUCGCCGCCCAAGCUGCCUACAAUGGCGCCGGUCGCUGCGGCGGCGCCUGCGGUCCUAGCAAGGCCAUCGUUGGUCUUGGCGUCAUCGUCACCCUCCUCUGGAUCCUCGCCGUCGUCAUCAGCUUCUUCACCUACCACCACUGGAAACUCGACGGCUACCUCCCCGGCUACGACCACCGUAAGCUCCCCAACUCCAACAACAUCGACCCCGAUAAGGCCGCCUUCUCCAUGGCCCCCCACGACGAGGAAGCCUACGCCCCCGUCAACAUGGACGAGCGCGACCCCGGCCGCAACGACGACUACGCUAGUGGCGCGUACGGAGGCGCCCCCUACGGAUCCAACGUCGGCGGCCGCACCGAUCCUUACGACGAUGACGAGACGCGGUACGAUGGGUCCAACGUCGGGAGCAUGAGCGGUCGUCAUUCUGCGAGGCCGAGCGCGCUUUUCGAGGCGGACACGAGUUAUGCUUCGCCUCACCAUCCGUCGUCGAGCAUUGGCGGCUAUGGUACGCCUACGCCUGAUCCGUACGAGCAGCAGACUGGGCCUGUUAAGUUCCCGGCCGGUAACUACGAUCGGGUUCACUGA